AUGGCCGACCACGAGAUCAACAACGCUGCCUCUACGACUGGAGUGGAGAAGAAGACUUCUUCGGACAGAGAUUCUUCCCAGAACAACGACGUCGAGCUGCCGCUUGAUGCUCAUGUUGGGGCGGACCUUAAUGUUACCGAAGAUGAUUUGCUCGAGGCCAAGGAGUUGGCUGGCAGAUUAACCCUCGAGGAAAUCAGGCCACUGCUGGAAAAGGUGCUCAUCAUCCAUGAGCAUGACCCCAACUUUCCGUGGAGCAUCAUUCAGAGGAUCAAAGCCUUCCUCGGCAAUGAUGCCGUUUUCGACAACCCCGAGAAGCACGCUGUGCUCAUCGAGGAGAUGAAGCUCGAGGCCGCUCUGAUCACCGUCAACAGCCCCUACAGCGAGGUGCGCGCCGUGGUGGACAAUCACGACGAUGUCAACACCCCCUGUGGUACUAUUCGGGCCUGGAUCAUUGGCGCCUUCUUCGCCACCGUACUCGCAUUCAUCAACCAGCUCUUUUCCAUUCGCCAGCCAGCUAUCACCGUCCAGGCCAAUGUGGCCCAGUUGCUCGCUUACCCCAUCGGCAAGUUUUGCGAGAAGACCCUCCCUGAUAUAGGGUUUACCCUGGGGGGAAUUCGUCACAGCUUGAACCCCGGAAAGUUCUCCAAGAAGGAGCACAUGCUUAUUACCAUCAUGGCGAAUGUCUCGUGGAACUAUCCUUAUACGAACAAUAUAAUCUGGAGCCAGUAUCUUCCGACGUUCUACAACCAGAGCUACGCCGGCCAAUUUGCCUACCAGAUUCUGAUUGCACUCGCUACGAACUUCAUUGGUUACGGAAUGGCCGGUAUCAUCCGAAGAUUCCUCGUGUACCCAUCGUACUGCGUGUGGCCUGCGUCGCUGGUCACUAUUGCUCUGAACUCUGCGUUCCACAACGAGAAGAACACCGAUGUGGCAAGUCCAUUCGGCAAAGUCUUCACAAUGACACGCAUUCGCUUCUUCGUGCUCUCGUUCGCGGCCAUGUUUAUUUAUUUUUGGUUCCCCAACUUCAUCUUCACCGCCUUGUCGGCUUUCAGCUGGAUGUCCUGGAUCGCCCCCAAUAACUUGAACCUCAACACCAUCACGGGCUUCAAUAACGGCCUGGGCUUCAACCCCUGGCCAACUUUCGACUGGAAUAUCCUACUCUUCGACGGCACGGAUCCCUUGAUGGUUCCCUUCUUUAGCACCUUCAACAAGUUCAUGGGCGCGUUCUUGUCCGGCUUCGUCGUCAUGGCCAUAUGGUACAAAAAUGCGUACAGCACCGCCUACCUACCCAUCAACUCCAACCGCAUCUUCGACAACACGGGCAGCCUCUACAACGUCUCCAAAGCUAUCAACUCCAAGGGCCUCUUCGACGCUUCCAGUUACGAGGCGUACUCGCCCCCUUUUCUUUCUGCGGGUAAUCUGGUGAUUUAUUUGUUUUUCUUCGGCAUUUAUUCUGCCACCGUUUCAUACGCAUACAUCUACCACCGCCACGAAAUUGCCAUGGGCUUCCGCAAUCUCUUCAAUAGUUUCCGCAAGAACAAGGACGCUAGCGAGGGGCAGUACUCCGACGUGCACAACCGCCUUAUGGCUAAGUACAAGGAGGUCCCCGAGUGGUGGUACACCAUUGUGCUCGUGGUCGCCAUCGCAUUCGGAUGCGCCGGUAUUGCGGGCUGGGAAACCUACACAAGCCCGGGCGUCGUCUUCUACGGCCUCGCGCUGUGCGCCUUGUUCGUCAUCCCCAUCGGCAUUAUCAAGGCCAUGACGGGGAUAGAGGUCACGCUCAACGUGUUGGCUGAAUUCAUUGGCGGAUCUUGGGUCCAGGGCAAUGCGCUGGGGAUGAACUUCUUCAAGUCCUUCGGGUACGUGUGCUGCGCGCACGCUAUCUGGUUUUCCAAUGACUUGAAGCUGGCGCACUACGUCAAGAUUCCGCCCCGACAGACCUUCACCGCGCAGAUGGUCGGAACUUUUAUUUCGACCUUUGUUUGUGUCGGAGUGCUUAAUUUCCAGAUGAACCAGAUCCCGGGAGUCUGCACCGUCGAUGCGCCGAACCGAUUUACCUGUCCGGGAAUUAACACAUUCUUUACUGCCUCCGUCCUCUGGGGUACGGUGGGACCCGUAAAAGUUUUCGGAAAAGGGGGCCUGUACACACCCCUACUCGUUGGCUUCCCGCUCGGCUUUAUCGUCCCCAUCAUCUUCUACUACGUCCAGAAGAAGUACCAGAAGCCGUGGCUGCGCCAGGUGCACCCGGUCGCCAUCUUUUACGGCGCGAUAACAUGGGCUCCAUACAAUCUCUCGUACAUCUGGCCUGCCGUGCCCAUUGCGUGGUACUCCUGGGUCCAUCUCAAGAGCAAGUAUUUGGGUUUCUGGUCAAAGUACAACUUUGUCCUUUCGGCCUCGUUUAGUAGUGCGAUCGCCAUUGCGGCCAUCAUCAUAUUCUUCUCGCUGCAGUGGACGGGCGUGGAGCUCAGUUGGUGGGGUAAUGAUGUCGUUUCCCAGGGCUGCGAGGGAACUGCAUGUACAUUGAUGACGCUGAAUGAGGGAGAAUACUUUGGGCCUAGGCUUGGAACAUUCCACUGA